UUCCACGAAUAGAGUUCUUCGACUUGUGUUUGAAGGCAUUACUUGUAUUUAAGUGAGACUUAAGUAGAGAUCAAUUGAUUUGUUUGAACACUUCAACAGACAAUUGAUUUAAUUGUCAUUUAAUUUACAUUUAAUUAAUUGAAAGUAUCGGACAAAUCACUGGUCAUCACAAUGAAGAUCUUAGGAUUACUGGCAGUGGUUGUGGUACUCGUCGACAACAGUGUGGCUAAAGUAUACUUCAAGGAAGACUUCUUAGACGCCGAUUGGACCAAACGGUGGGUUCAGUCACAACACUCGGGCAAAGAGUUGGGUGAAUUCAAGUGGACGGCCGGCAAGUUUUACGGAGACGCCGAAAAAGACAAAGGACUCCAGACCUCACAAGACGCCCGAUUUUAUGCCAUUUCCGCCAAAUUCCAGGACAACGCCUUAAACAAUGAGGGAAAAGAUAUGAUCAUUCAAUUCAGUGUCAAACACGAACAGAACAUCGACUGCGGCGGCGGUUAUGUCAAAGUGUUUGACUGCAGUCUUGACCAAACAGAUCUUCACGGAGAGAGUCCCUAUCAGAUCAUGUUUGGACCCGACAUUUGCGGUCCGGGAACUAAAAAAGUUCACGUCAUCUUCAACUAUAAGGGAAAGAACUUAUUGAUUAACAAAGAGAUCCGAUGCAAGGAUGACGUGUUCACUCACAUCUAUAGAUUGGUCGUUAAGCCCGAUAACACAUACAAAGUCUUGAUUGACGGAGAAGUUGUUGAAAAGGGAGAACUCGAGAAGGACUGGGCAUUCUUAGAACCGAAGAAAAUCAAAGAUCCCGAAGCAAAGAAACCAGAGGACUGGGACGACAAGCCUAAGAUUGAUGACGAGACUGACACAAAGCCUGAAGAUUGGGAUCAACCCGAAUAUAUUGCUGAUCCCGAUGCCACCAAACCCGAGGAUUGGGACGAUGAGAUGGACGGCGAGUGGGAACCACCUCAGAUCAAUAAUCCCGCGUACAAAGGGGAGUGGAAACCAAAACAAAUCGAUAAUCCCAACUACAAGGGACCGUGGGUUCAUCCAGAGAUUGACAACCCGGCCUAUGUCGCCGACACAGAUCUUUACUUGCAAAAGGAGAUCUGUGCCGUUGGUUUCGAUUUAUGGCAAGUCAAAGCCGGAACCAUUUUCGACAAUGUAUUGGUCACAGAUAGUGAACAAGAGGCCGAUGAAGUUUCUGAUGAAAUAAUGAACCAAACGGUUAAAAAUGAAAAAGCAAUGAAAGAAAAAUUGGAUGAAGAAGAGAAAAAGGCCUCAGAGUCAGAGUCUAAGGACAAGGAGGACAAAGAAGAAGAGAAAGAGGAGGAGACGGAAGAAAAAGAAGAGGAAGAUGAACACGAACACGAAGAGCUCUAAUUUAUAUUUAACUCAUUAUUUAAUGUUUUAUAUUUAGAUUCAUUCAAAUUUUCACUCAUAAUAUUAAAUUAAUAAAACAAUUUUUAUUUAAAAAGU